CGGCGACGCGGCGGCGGCGGCGCGGGCGGGCCCGGCGGGGCCUGUGGAAGGAGGGGGCGGGCGGCGGCGAGCACCGGAGGAAGCGCCGGGGAGCGGGGACGCGCCGGCUCCGAGGCGGCCCACACGCCGCCGUCCAGAUGGCCCCAGGGAGAAGGUGGCUUGUCUAGGCUGCGGCCAAUUACGUGGCGGACCUGCGGGUAUCAGCUGGCACGUCACUUCCGACUAGCUGGGUUUGGGUUUUCUGCAUUUAAGCCUUAGUGCUCAGGGCUUAUUCCUGGUGAAGCCCCUGGGGCCGUGUGUGGUGGUGCCUGGAGUCAAACACUGAACUAUCUAUCUGAUCUCAUAAUAUAGUUUUUCAUACUGGAGGAGGAACGCCCACCCGGGAGAGAGACACUUCUGACUGAGGACAGGAUGGCCAUGUCAGCCCCACUCCGGAGCUUGGAAGAGGAGGUGACCUGUUCUAUCUGCCUCGAUUACCUGCGGGACCCUGUGACCAUUGACUGCGGCCAUGUCUUCUGUCGGAACUGCACCACUGAUGUUCGCCCCGUCUCGGGCCGCCCUGUGUGUCCCCUCUGCAAGAAGCCAUUCAAGAAGGAGAACAUCAGGCCCGUGUGGCAGCUGGCCAGCCUGGUGGAGAGCAUUGAGCGGCUGAAGGUGGACAGGGGCAGGCAGCAGGGCACAGUGGCGCCGCAGCAGCACAACACCAAGUUGUGUGAGCGGCACGAGGAGAAGUUGCACUACUACUGUGAGGACGACGGGAAGCUGCUGUGUGUGCUGUGCAGGGAGUCCCGGGAGCACCGGUCCCACACGGCCGUCCUGCUGGAGAAGGCUGCCCAGCCCCACCGGGAGAAAAUCCUGAGCCACUUGAGUACCCUAAGGAGAGACAGAGACAAAAUUCAGGGAUUUCAGACGAAGGCAGAAACUGAUAUCAUGGCUAUGCUGAAGCAGCUGCAGAGCCAGAGACAGUGCAUCGAAGCUGGGUUUGAAGAGGUCCACCAGUUCCUGAGGGAACGAGAGCGACACCUGCUGGACCAGCUGGAAACCCUGGAGCAGGAGGUCACCGAGGGCAGGGAGAAGUGCAAGGACAGGAGCAGUGUGGAGCUCUCCCGGCUGGCCCUGGUUAUCUCUGAGCUGGAGAGCCGGGCACAGCAGCCCGCUGCAGAGUUCAUGCAGGAUACCGGAGACUUCUUGAACAGGUACCCACGAAAGAAGUUCUGGAUUGGAAAACCCAUCAGUCGUGUGGUGAAAAAAAGGACAGAAGAACUUUCAGAAAAAAUUUUGUCCCUGCAGCAAGGCCUGAGAGAAUUCCAAGGGAAAUUGCUGAGAGACUUGGAAUAUAAGACAGUGAGUGUCACCCUGGACCCGAAGUCAGCCAGUGGCUACCUCCAGCUGUCAGAGGACUGGAAGUGUGUGACGUACAGCAGCCUGUACCAGAAUGCUUACCUGUACCCUCAGCAGUUUGACUGUGAGCCGGGGGUGCUGGGCAGCAAGGGCUUCACCUGGGGCAAGGUCUACUGGGAAGUAGAGGUGGAAAGGGACAGCUGGUCCGAGGACGAAGAGGAGGACGGGGAAGAGGAGGAGGGAGAAGAAGAAGAAGAAGAAGAGGAGGAGGAAGAGGAGGCUGGCUACGCAGAUGGUUAUGUUGACUGGGGAACGGAUGAAGAGGAGGAAUCCGAGGAGGAAGAGGAAGAAGAGGAAGAGGAAGUAGACGAGGAGGAGGAAGUCCAGGAAAGCUGCAUGGUGGGGGUGGCCCGGGACUCCGUGAAGAGAAAGGGAGACCUCUCUCUGAGGCCGGAGGAUGGGGUGUGGGCCCUGCGCCUCUCCUCAGCGGGUGUCUGGGCCAACACGUACCCCGAGGCCGAGCUCUUCCCGUCGCUGCGACCACGCAGAGUGGGGAUCGCCCUGGAUUACGAAGGGGGCACCGUGACUUUUACCAACGCAGAGUCACAAGAACUCAUCUACACCUUCACCACCACCUUCACUCGGCGCCUGGUCCCCUUCCUGUGGCUCAAGUGGCCGGGAACGCGACUCCUACUGAGACCCUGAGCCCCUUUCUCAGACACACCCCCACUGAUGCUUCGCUUCUCUGAAACUCCAGGACUUACUGAUGGGGCAGGAGUUGUGCUGGCAGAGGACUCUGCACCUGCAGAGAGGAGGGUCCCCACACCCACGACUGCUUCCCCUCCUGUGACGCUGGUCCCCUUGAGACCACCCUUCCUGUGCUCUAAGAGACAUCCCAGCAUGGCCUAGCAUGGUGGGUCUCGGUGAUGUCUUCGCCCCGUAUCUUUUUUAAACAUUGCUGCACCUUCGACCUCUGAGUUGCACAUUCAUCUGAUGUCUGCCUCUAGUUUUGUAAGCUCGUCUCUUACACUUUUCCUUUCCUGUGCUCUUCAUGUCACCCAGUGCAGUACAGGGUGAAGACUAGGUGCUCAAUAAAAAUUUGUAGAGACUACGACCCCGAGAUAUAUAGAUAUUUUAACUUAGGUAUCACUAGACCUUCUCACCCUGGCUACAGAGCGGGUCUUAAAGAAAGCCUAGGGCUUUCUUUGCUUGCACUUCCGAGUCCUUGAGAAGUCAGUAACUGUUUUCUGUCAUCUGUUCACACAAGUUGUCAUUUUUAGAAGACCCUGAGGAAGCACUGCCCCCUCCCCCCACCCUCCAUGGGGUAUAGAUCAGAUAACACCAAGACUCCACCUGCUUCUUCCUCAUGUAAGGUGGCCCUGGGCUGAGACCCAGCAUCUUAGUAUAGGAUGGGCUUCUGGGAUUAAGGUGACAUCCAGCAUAGCACACUCAAAAUUCUUCCCUGGAAAUAGAAAAUUAGCAGUGCCCUGCUAAUUUUAGACUCCACAGAGAUUUUAUCCUACCUCCUAACACAUUCAACUAAUAACUUUGUAUCCUUUCUAAUAUUUUUUAAAUGGUCAUCUUAAAGGAAGAAAAAAGAUCAUGCUAAAGUAUUUCUAAGAUGUUCUAGAGGCAAAGAGAAUAUUUUUUCCCUUUGGUCUUAUUUUUAGACUCAAUGUUUUCUCUUUAAAUUUCUUUCUCUAAUAACAUUAUUAAAAAUGUCAAUCAUUAAAAAUAAGGCAUGAAUUAUAAAUAAGAUCAGUUAAUCUACAGUUGAAUCCUGAGAUAAUAGAUGCUACAUAUUGUUGACAUUUUAAAUUAAUUUUGUUGGUGUGGUUUUUUUCUUGAAUACAAAGAUUAUUUUGUUGAUGUGAAUUUUCCUUUAGUUGUACUCUGCUAACCGUUUAUUUGGAAUAAUUUUAUAAUUCUCAACAUGCCUUUUUUCCUUUGGAAGAAUGUUUAAUAACAGAUUUCUGAAACUUUUAAAAGUGAUCACUAUGUAAUUAAAAAUUAUCAUUGAGUAAGGAAUAUUUUUCAUUUGAACCAAAUAGUAAUGCCUUUCAAGUCACUGUUGUUUUAAUGAGUUUUAUGAGUGUGAUAAUUUCAGAAUAAAUUGGAAGAUUUUAAAGGUC